GACCAAGCCGGGACACUUCGGAGCCUUUAAAUGGGUUUGUAAUAAGCACCAUUCAAAGCGAAGGGCAAGAACUGAACAGAACCCGAUGGAGCAGCACGGCAGCGGCGGCGGGGCGGGGGGGAACGUAAACCUUGCGUGCUUCCAGCUGGCUGACACUCCUGGAAGCCAAUCAGGGGGCGACUCUCGAAGUACCUUGUGACAGGCGAGGCGGCCCUUUCCCUCCCAGUGCUUUGUAGGCAAAGCCUCCAGGGAGGGCCGUGUCACGCUGGAGGACUGGGCGGGGACAGCCUGGCUUGGCUGCUGCUACUGCUGAAGGAGGGGUUUGUAGAGGCAUCAGCAGCGGUGGUUGGCGCUGCUCCAGGAUCGAGGCAUAUUAGCCCGGCGCGCGCGCGCAUAGACACACGCGGUCCAGCAUCUUUCGCAGCAGCAGCAGCCGCCGCCGCCGCCGCCGCCAGAAGAGGAGGAGGAGGAACGGGGGAGAGGAAGCCCGAGCCAGACAAAGCAAAGAUGGCAGGGAUCCUCGCCUGGUUCUGGAAUGAGAGGUUCUGGCUGCCCCCCAAUGUCACCUGGGCGGAUCUGAAGAACACUGAGGAAGCCACCUUCCCUCAGACGGAGGAACUCUAUCUAGCCUUCCCGCUGGCCUUCUGCAUUUUCAUGAUCCGCAUGGUCUUCGAAAGGUUCAUUGCCAAGCCAUGUGCCUUAGGCCUAAAAGUCCAGGCCAAUGGACCACAGAAAGCUCAGCCUAAUGCUAUUCUAGAAAAGGUCUUCACAGCAAUUACGAAGCAUCCAGAUGAGAAGAGACUAGAAGGGUUGUCCAAACAGCUGGACUGGGAUGUACGCAGUAUUCAGCGUUGGUUUCGACAAAGGCGCAAUCAGGAAAAACCAAGUAUUCUUAGAAGGUUCUGCGAAAGCAUGUCGAGAUUUACAUUUUACCUUUAUGUAUUCACCUAUGGAGUUCGAAUCCUGAAAAAGAGUCCCUGGGUGUGGAACAGCAGGCAGUGGUGGGCUGGAUACCCUUAUCAGCCACUGGCACCUGAACUUCAUUACUACUACAUGGUUGAGUUGUCAUUCUAUUUGUCCUUAAUGUUUUCUCAGUUCAUUGACAUCAAAAGAAAGGACUUUGGCAUCAUGUUUACACAUCACAUUGUGACCGUUCUAUUGUUAACUUUUUCCUACACAAUAAAUUUCCUGCGAGUGGGGUCGGUGACUAUGUGUCUUCAUGAUUCAGUUGACAUUGUGCUAGAGGCAGCGAAAAUGGCAAACUACUGCAAGUGUCAAAAGCUGUGUGAUUUCCUCUUCCUCAUGUUUGCUGCUGUUUUCAUCGUCACAAGGCUUGGAAUAUAUCCCUUGAUAUUGAACGCAGUAAUAUUUGAAAUGCCUGAACUUGUGGGUGACUUUCCUGCCUAUUGGGUCUUUGCCAGUUUACUUGUGAUACUUCAAGUUCUCCACUGGUUUUGGUCCUACCUAAUAAUAAAGUCAGCUUAUAAAGCUGUUUCGAAAGGCAAGGCUGGGAAGUGGAACCCUUUGCAUGCAACGGAUGACCGAAGUGACAUUGAGUCUAGUUCAGAUGAAGAACCUUCCCGUCCUCCUUCAAAUAAUUCCCACAACUCAGCCACCACCAAUGGGACAAAUGGAGUGAACGGAACAAACGGGUACCUCACCGGUGGCAAUUCUGCAGAGGAACACUAAUCCUCGGAUUUAAACACUGACCCAUGAACAAAAUGAACUGUUUGCUGCUGGUUUGAAUGCUGGUUUUUAUUUUUACUUCAUCCUUUUUCUUUCCAUUUUGUUAUUCUCUCUUGACAUCGGAAAACAAAACAAUACAUGGGCGUAUUUAAAGCAUUCUGAUAGUGCACUGCCAUAUUUCCUGUUUGUGAAUGACAGCGCCACGCCAUUCUAUUUAUGUAGGCAUGCUGUAUGUGUAUCUACAUGGCCAGAUGGGAUCAGUAUUUUCUUCUAUAGUAUUUGAAUAUUAUUUUAUGGUGGGUUUUUUUUGCGGGGGGUGGCUUGCGGAUGAAAGGGAACUUCUUCCGUAUUCUCUUCCAGAUUACGUCAGGCUGGAGAUUGGGACACUAAAAUAUGUCUCCCUUUCCCAUUCCUGGUUGUUCUAGCCCACUGCUCUGCUGUAGGUGAUUUAACUGGAUUUCAAUUCCAGAUUUUUUUGCUCUUUUUGUGCUGAAGGAUGCUGGCUUUAGAAACUGCCAAUACAAUCACAAUGAUCAUUUUUUCCCCCAGGGUGAGGUUUUUAAAAUGGUGCACUUAGUAUUUUUAAUAGAACUAUAGUUGGAUAGUUCAGAUUAAACCGUAGUUAUUGUAAGGUGGGGUUUUAGCAUUGAGGUAAGCGCAGAAAUUGGUGGCAAAUUAGAACAGACAUCAUUCUUUAGCCCAAGCCACAUUUAUGUCAAGCAUGAUGAACUCUUGGAGAUGGGUCUUCCCUUGCAAAUUCAACCUCAGUUUGAUUUAAAUGUAUUUUAAAUUCUGCAAAGCUGUUUGUUUGUUUUUAAACACCAUAAGAAAUAAGCUGACGUGGACCCAUAGUCACCUGAAAGCUACAUCUGGAGAAUUAGAACUAGGAUGAAGAAGAACAGAAGCCCCCCCCCCAAAAAAGGCAUCACAAUGACCAGAGGAACCGGAACAUCAGAUUCUCACAAACAGCCAAUGAGGUGGUAAACCUGUGUCUGGACUGAACCUCUUCAUACUGCGGGUGUGCGCUGAUAUAACUGAAUGCUUCUUUAUGCAAAAAUAUUCCAUGUAUAUAGGUAUUAGAAUAUACCUUUCGGAUGUAAAAGAGCAUGCAGACAUUUAAGCACCCACCUGCAGUCUCAAGUGGUAUAGUCCAAAUCCAGAUUUACUCCCUUAUCUGCUGCUGCUGAUAAUUAGGCUUCAGACAUUUCAAUUUCUCGCCAGUACUUUGUCUCUGAUCUGUAUGAUGACUGUAUCACCUGCAUGCAAAUGCUCUCCUGAUUCAUUGAGGCACAGGCCCACCAAGUGCUGCUUCCAAGCAACACUCCUCCACAUAUGGGAAGCUUGUGUACUUGAUAAUUUGUGUGCCUCAGGCAUAUCUAGGUGGCUUUGAGGGUGGAGAGAAACAUUUUCAGCUUUUCCAGUUCUCUCUGUCUAAUUGUUGGGGGUACUUUGCGUAGCACUGGUCCCAUACCAAUCCAUACAAUGGAUGGGAGUCUCCUUAGGAUCAAUGACGGCUGUAUAGCUUCAUAGCUGCCUCUUCCCAUAAUUGGUGUGGAGGGGAAGGUACCUACCUGCUUUAGCCCACAAUUACCAUACUUCUGGCUUCGUGCCAUUGAGCAACAUGAUACACUUCUGGUUUAUCAUUCAAGAACAUGAUGUGCCCCCGGAAUGAAUUCAUAACAAGCAUCCAAAUAUCUUUGUAAUUAGUAGGGAAAUAACGUUGGAGGUGGCUAUAUUCUAUUUUUGUUUGGUCUUUCUACUAAAGAUUUACAUUGCAGGUGUUAGUGAUGUUUCUAAAGGAAAUCAGCAGGAACAACAAUUUACAAGAGAAAUACACAUUCUCUUUUGUUUAUUUUAUUUAAUCUCUCUGCAUCUGAGGUUUCUUUAUAUCCCAGGAGAAUAUUAGGACUCUUCUAUCACAUAAUAUAUUUCUGUGCUUAGCCAAGGAAGUGUCAGCAGAGGAGAUAACUUCUCUUAAUUUAAUCUUGGGAAGUUUCACUGUGCAACCUUGUUCUCUCCCAGUACUAUGUGCAGAAGUAGUGUGUGUCAAAGAACUUUAUUCAGGAAUAGAUGGGAAUACAAAAGAAAUAGGUUAUUAUAAUCUUCUCUGGGUCACAAGGAGCUAGCUAUCCUCUUUGUUGCCAAACACCUCUGCAUCUGGAACAUCCUUAAAAUUUUCCUAAGCUGUGCAAUGUUUCCUUACUUUAUUCCAUGCACAAGAGAAUGGAAAAUACUUAUUCUUUGGAUAAAGAAGAUAUUUAUGAGUAGGGAUGUGCCCAAACCGCAGUUUAAGGUGCAAUCUGAGCACUCUUUUGGAAAGGGCAGCGGGAACUUUUAGAAAAAAGAGAGCAUGCAGCUUCCUGCUGGGACGGCACAUGUCCCAAUAAGCCCCUAUGUGGCACACACAUGGCAUCUGCGCAUGUGCAGCAAAUGGGGCCCGUGCAUGCGCUCACACCAUGUGCAUGCUGGCGCUGCACAGGGGGUUAUUGGGACGUGUGCCACCCCAGCAGGAAGUUGCAUGGGGCAGUGGAGAGCCAGAUCUCUUUUUUCUUAAAAUUCCUGGUCCCCUUUCCAAAAAAGUGCUUGAACCGCACUUUGGGCACAUCCUUAUUUAUGAGCUCCUUUUCCUAAUUAUCAUUUCUGUUGAAGGGCAAUUCAUGUUACCAUUUUAGACUCCAACCUAUGUUGACCAUCACCCCACACAUUUGCAUGUGCUGGACAUACUUGUGAAUGCUUCAAAACAGUUUCAGUUUGCAAUUUGCCAUAGAGAGGGAGAGAUCUUUGAGAAAUUCGUUGGGAACCAGGAUGUGUUAACACUUGAUCUGAUCUGUUGAAACUUUGACAUACUGGAAAAGUCAAUGAGGUCAUUCACACAGUCAAAAACUGUUCUACCCGGGUGUGGAAGCUGUGAGUGCUCCCAAUUUUUGGUUGUGUGGAAGCAAGGUAGGAGGAAAAGCUACCCAGGUUUUCCUCCUACCUUGCUGCCACACAACCAAAAAUUGGGAACACACACCACUCCCAAACCCUGGUAGAACACCAUUUUUGAUUGUGUGAAUGACCUCAGAGGCUGACAUCCAGACUAAAUUUAUUCAGGAAAGUCCCAUUUAAAUUAAAAGGACAAGGGAAGCAAGCCUACCUUGUCCUUUGAAUUUGAAUGGGAUUUCCUUGCAUAAAUUUAGUCAGGAUGUCAGCCAGUUUCUUUAUAACACGUUAAGAAAUAUUUGUGCAACUCAGCCCUCUGUGGAAAUGCCAGCUUGGAAAAUGCAAAUGAAAAGCGCUCUGGUUUCAUGAAGUAAAGAGAGGGGGAAGUAGUAAUACAUCCUUCCAUGAACUAUACUGCAUUCAAUAAAUGAAGAGCAAGAAUGAUAGGUUGGGGAUCUUAAAAAAAUACCAGAACCACCUUCUAAACCGGCUAGAGGUUGAUGGCCAGUAGUGUUCCGAUUCCCAUUCCCAUUCAGGAGCCACGGUGGUUUGCCUCUUAUUUCUCAUGCAGCUCCACCUCAGUCAUGAUUCACCUUGUACUUCUAGACUGGAGGCCUCUAAGCAACAUGAUGUGGAGCUCAAAUUGAUAGGUCUUCAUGGACAUGAAUCAGAGGAUGGCAAUGAGAUAUGAUCAAAUAAGAAGAAAGCCACAAUAGAAGGCACGCCAGUUUGUUGCAACAGCAAAUACUCCAUUUUCUGUUAACAACAAACACUCGUUUGUUUCCAAAUGCUUAGGGAAGGGGUUCUGAACAGGUGUUUGGUAAUUUCAGAGCUCAGAGGCCUUAUUUUAAAGGAAAGAUAAAGCUGUCAGUAUGAAAGAUCUUUUAGUUACCUCUUCUUGCGGUGAGAUGCACAGUAAUGGAGUUGGUGGGAGAGCAGCUCUUGAGUGUGGUGCCUUGGGUAGCCAGAAGCCUUUUGCAAAGCGUGCUACAAGGGUAGCUAGACAGUCAAAUGGUUGCUGCAUCUUAAUAUAAGCAAAAGACAUAGAUCAUCUAAUACCACAGAUGGUCCACUGUUCCGAUGGACCCCCCUCCUGCAAGGAGCUUCCCCAUACUCUUCAGUGGCAUGUGCACACGCUCAGUGUUUGCCUCCCAUGAUUGUGUGCAAAAGGAGCCACUGGAUUCCAUUUCCUGGAUUAGUAUUUUCAAUAUUUUCAUAGGUUAACCGGCUCUUGUUAGUAAAAGUGCUUCGAUCCUAUUUAGCCCUAUAGUAAGUUGCAGUGGCUGGAUUGUAUAGAGUAGAAAAGAAUCAAAAGCAGUGUGUGGAACUUGGUAGCCAUUAGCUAGACUGAACGUUCUGUUAGCCAGCCCUGGGAUAGUGAAGUAAGCGCCAUAGUUGUUUGCAUUUAUUCAUUUGUUAGGUAAUGACAUGGAAUGCACUACAAGCAGAAAAUAUGUGUUUUGUGAAAAGUCAAGGCAGGUGUCUAAAGAAUCUGUCUCUUUGGCAUAUAUCCACUUGAGAAUGGAAACAUGGGACUUAUUUGCAAUCUCCAUCUAACCUUUAGAGGACCAGAUGAUGAAAAAAAAUGCCAAACAAAAUAGUUGUAUCCUUGUUGCCAUUUUUGGAUUUGUUCAACAGAUUACUUUAUUUCUUGCCUUUUGUUGUACAGGUUCCUUUUGUUUACAUGUUAAGAUGGAAGGCCAGUUCACAUGAGUCUUAGCAUAUAUGUUGCGAACACAGCAGGAUAUAGUAGUGAGUCUUGGACUUGCACAUACUCCUCGAUGGCACAUAGAUAACUGAAUACAAACUGGAACUUGUGUGUAUCAUUCCCUAAUGUUAAUAGCCCCUCUGCCAUUUUCCAGUCUAACUUGUGAAUGAGUCCUACUUACAUUAGUAUCCAGAUGAAGGGGCCCUGGUUCACAUUCAAGGUUCUCCAUAUGGCAGAGGGGAGAGCCUCCCAAGCCAAAACUCACUUCUGUAUCCUGCUGUUUGCAUAGUCUACACACCAGUGCCCCAAGUGUGAAUUAGCCCUAAAUUUGUUUCUAUAUGGAGGAAAUAUUGAACAUGGCUUGCUGAUGAGAUCAAGCAGAGAGCUCAAAAGUCCAAACUCCUCUUAAGGUGCAUUGAUAUCAUGUGUUUUCCCCCUCCUGCCCCCUUGCUGGUGGUAUGUGGAAGCUGCUGUCCUGAUCUGAAAAGAGCGAAGGAAGCCUGAGCAAGCACCAGUCUUCAGACAAAAAAACGUGGGUAAGCAUCACCAAUAUGUGGUCACAUAGCCAUGGAAUGAUCAAGGAGGUCCUUCAUCGAACAGCUGCCACAUGACUGCCCCCUUCUUUUAAAGUCAUUCUCAUAUUGGGACUGGGCACAUGGUAACAAGAAAAUAAUUGUUUGGGGGUGGGGGGGUGUAUGUGUGCUGUACUUUGCAAUAAACUAUGGGAAGAUUGUUGUGUAACAAAUGCCAGCUUGUUUUGAAUGUCUUGCAUUGUACAUUGUACAAUUUGAAUGGCAUUGGUUACAUAAUAUUCUGGUGGUUCAGGUUGAUAAUCCCUUCUGCCAUUUACUUCCAUUGGCAAUGCCUGGCAGAGGGUUCUGAAUAUAGGGCUAUAUAUGUCCAUAUUUGUCAUCUCAGAAAUAUAUACACCAUAACUCUGGCUUUCUCUAAUUCCCAUAAAUGAAAGGAAGAUGAAGUUUCUUUAUUUGCACAUUAAUCAUUUGCAUCUAUUUUUAUUUAAAUCCUGCCAGGUGUUAUAUUGCCUUCUGUAUUAUUUACCCAGUCCUCAUAUCCAGUAAUAAAUUGCCAUAGUUCUGUUUGCCAAUGUGUGAAUGACCAAAAUUUCCAAGACACCAUGUUCUUCAAAAUAGAGUUGCCUUGAAAUCACAAAACAAAACUUCGAAAAGGCUUUUAUUUAAUCAGGUUUAUUGUAUUUAAGCAUUCUUUUGCGUGCACUUUGUUUUUGCUUUAGAGUUUGUUGGGACAUUGCUAAAACUUCCAUUUUAGCUUCUCCCUUUAAAAUAAUUCUAUUAAGGUUUUUUGUUUUGUUGUUGUUUUUCGUGGAGAGGGAGAAAUUGUUUAGCACAUAUUUUCUUGCAGGAAGUUCUGGUUGUAACAACAAUGACAUUGUAGCACCUGACUCUGCCUGUACAAAAUUCUCCUCUUAGGGAAAGGCCUUCACUAGCUUUAUUGGAGGAAAAGGGUGUGUAUUUUGAUAGUAUAUGCUUUGGCUUUUAGUUUGGUCUUGUGUUAUAGUGAUAGGAUAUUUGAUAAGAAUCAGUAGUAAUGAUGAUCAUCUCAAAAAGAAUGUGGUACACACCAAUCUGGCAUGUCAGAGCUGUUUUAUCCCUGCGUGCAGUUUUAAAUACUUAAAAUAAUAACAAUUAUUCUGUGUUCCAUAUGGUGGUUAUCUUCGGGGCAGGGCAAGACAAAAUGGUGCAAUUUCCCCGCUGUGUUUUUCAAGACAAUCUACUGUUUGAGCAACUCUUGGAGCUAUAACCUACUGGUAUUCCACUGUCAGAAAUACAGUGAUGUGUUAGCCUUGGAUUUUGCUUCUGUUUCUUGUUGGGGUUUUUAAAACAUAUAUCUAUAUCUAUAUAUAUAAAUUACAAUUCUUCCUGGAAUAUUUGGAACCAGUUGGUAUUGUGCAUUUUGAUUUGAAAACACUUUCAUAAUAAACACUGAGUAUUAGGAAUGGC